AUGUCUAUGGUGGCAUUGGAGAGCAAAACCCAUCGGGGCCGGUGCAUAUUUGACCCAUCUUCGCCACAACGAAUUAUUUUUGAUCUGAUGGCGAUGGUAUUUCUGCUUUACGACUUGUGCUUCACGCCUGUGACCAUUGCCUGGGAUUUCCCCAUGGUGGGAUGGCUGCUGUACUGUACUUCGGCAGUUGCGGUGUUCUGGACGCUGGACAUAAUCAUGACGUGCAGGACGGCAUACUACGUGGCAGGCUUGGCGUGGACCCGGCCGUUGAUGAUAUUCCGGAGAUAUUGCAGGACCACGUUCUUCUUGGAUCUGUUCAUAGUCUGUGUUGAUUGGCUGACGGUCUUCGCCAACAGUGUUUUCCCAGAGGAGACUUCGUCCCAGGCCAGCGACAAUCCGGAAGUCAUCGGUGCCAAGCUCGUCCGAUUCUCCAAGGCGACACGGGUAGUCCGCAUCGUGAGCGUGACUUGCCUGUUCCGGAUUUUCUUGUUUUGGAGGCACCUUGGAGAUCGGCUGCAUGGCGGUUCCUCGUCGAAGUACGUGGGCGACAUGGCUCGCUUGAUCGUCAUCAUCAUCUGGAUUAACCACGUGAUGAGCUGCACUUGGUUCUACAUCGGCCGCGUCGCUAUCGGUGACACGGGCCUCUAG